AAACUUAAGCUCUUGCCUCUCCCCAUUCUAUUAUAAUUCUCCUCCAAGGCUACAAUUGCUCAGAAAAAUCAGAAGUAUAUGCUUGUCUUUCUGUAAUCAGGAUGAUGAAUUGAAGGUCUGGUAAUGGGUCACAUUAUAUUUGGUGUCGAUUUCAGGUAUGCUUUUCUUCUAUUAUAGCAAAUGCAAAUUAAGCAUGGAAGUCUAAGGGUGUUCCACUGUCUUACAUUUUGUUUUUGAUCGACAACAAGAACAUCAUAUAUCGGGCUGUUUAGAAUAUCAUAUAUUCUGAGCCCAAGUCCAACACAGGGCCCAACCAAAUGUUCAAGAGUAAAGAUUAUAUUGGGCUGGGCUCACCUUCAGUCUACCUACCUUUCAUCUGUAGUCACGGGGCUGGGCUUUUCACAAGAAAAGAAAAAUAGAACACAAAAGAAGAAUUCCCCUUUUUUCCAUCUUUUCUCCCUUUUCCCUCUCUAGGGUUUUAGGGAGGGGUUUCAAAGUUUUUUCGCCAAUUUCACCGCCAAAUUUGGCAAGUCUCCAGAUGUCGAUCAUGUUUCAGAUGCCAAAUCCAAACCCUAAACCCCAUUAGCAAGAAGGAAGAAGAAACACGAAGGCAAUGGCGUUCUCUUUGUUCUCAUCGCCUCAGCCACAGCAACCCCAACAGCUCUUUCAGCCUCAGCCACAGCCACAGCAACCCUUUCAACAACCCAACCCAUUUUUACAACAACAGCAGCAGCAGCAGCAGCAGCAGCAAUUACAACAGCAACAGCAACAGCAAUUUCAGCAGCCGCAGUUCCAGCAGCAACAACAGCAACCACUCUAUCUCUUCACUAACGACAAGGCUCCUGCGACUUACAGCACCAAGUGGGCCGAUCUCCACCCCGACUCCCAGAAAUUUCUCCUCCAGAUCGAGGAGCGGAUACUGGAGUAUAGAGAUGAAAGCCAGAGGUUGGAUCAGUGUGGUCGUCUUUAUGAUUCUUCUGUAUCCAACGAUGCAUUUGAGCUUGAUGCAAGUCGCAUUGUUCAGGAACUUGGGGGAGUCAGUACUGCCAUGGAGCGACAGAAGGCUGUGUUGCAAGAAUUGAUGGCUGUUGUGAAGGAUAUGUUAAGAAACACAGAGGUUGCUGUUCGUUCUUUUAUGAUGUUACGUCCAAGGUUCCUUCAUCCAGGUUCUGGAGCUGUUUCAAGUGCCCCUGCACCAUCACAGGCCCCGGGGGCAACUGUGGUUCCUAGUGCAAGCAGUCAACUGACUGUUACCUCCAUGGCACCAGUUUUUGAUUUCUACAGUGGGCUCCCGAGGAAACCAUCUCCAUUUUUGCUGCAAACAGUUGCUAGAUUUGAGAAGUAUCUUGGUGAAUGCCGGCAGUGGAUUGAAGAGUUAGAGCAGCUACUCAUAGAUUUUGACAGGAACUCUUCCAAUGGCAGUUCCUCGUUACUGCAGUCUCUUCCAAAAGUCAUGUCAAAUGUGCAUGACUUUUUUGUUCAUGUAGCUGCUAAGGUGGAGAGCAUUCACCAGUAUAUUGAAUCCAUGAAAAUGGCUUAUCUUGCUGACCAGCGCCGUCGAGGGGAUGGGAAUGAUCCAUUUCUUGAGGCCGACCGGCGAGAAACAGCCAAACAAGAAGCUGCCUCUAAGUGGGUACAUCCAACAUUGCAUUUGCCUGCUGUUUCACCGCCAUCAACUCAAGUUGCUGGGUUGUUUGCGAGCUCAUCUACAACUGGUGCAUUGACUGCACCACAACAGACAUUUGCAUCAGCUUCAUCUGGUAGUGGGUUCUCACUUUUUGGUACUCCAUCUUCUGCUCCAUCUGCCACCACCACAUCAUCUUUGUUCACAACACCAACAACCUCUGCUCCAGUACCCUCCCUUUUUGGAACUUCUGGUGCUUCUCCACAGACAUCACUUUUUAAUUCAUCAUCAUCUUUGUUCGGGUCUUCCUCAACACCCUCCUUGUUUGGUUCCACCUCAACACCAUCUUUGUUUGGUUCUGCGGCAACACCCUCUUUGUUUGGUGGUGCUGCCCCUUCUUUUGGUAAUACUCCUGCAGGAAGUUCACUUUUUACGACUCCAUUUGCCUCAGGUGCUGCAACAGGUUCAGGGGCAAGCUUUGGGGCUGCAAGUAAAUCAUCAAAGCCCAAAACUAGAACUGCCCGGCGUUAGUUACAAUGUCCGUCAGCCAUGGAUUCCUGGAGCAACCUCUGACUUGCUUGAAAGUUACAAUUGCCAUCAUUUUUUGCUCUCCUUAAUCGAUUAAUGCAGUUUAUUCUGCUCUGGCGUUUGUGGAUAAUACAGAUUGAAGAAAAGUCAUGCUCAUAUUUCAAAUGCUGCUGCUUCAAUCUGUCAUGGAUCUGCCAUAUUCCCUUCUGACUUGAAUGCUUCAUAUAUGUUCUGAGGUCCAUUUUACUGUAACCUUGUAGAAUACAAUUGAGUUGAAUGUUCUAGUAUUAGACCCCCAUGACCCCCAUGAGAAAAUUGUAUUCCUGUUGUCUAGGCAUCAUGACAACAGAAUGAGCUCUCUUUAGUGGCCUUAAGUGGAAUGUGUUUGAUAGUAACUUAGAUUUUGUUUGUUGAGAAGUCCUGCUAAUCAAGUACUUUUUCGGUCAA